AUUGUCUUAGGUUUAAGUUCAUCAAUAACAAAAGGUCUGGUACACAGUGUAUGCCAUCCCAUUAGUGCCCCCCUUCACAGCUUGGACUGUUCCAUUUCACAUCUGAAAAAAUGUGAUAGUUGGGGAAGAGUUCUUCAUGUCAGGGACUGCUGUAGCCUCAACACAUAGCUUACUGUAGCUGCUGGAUCACAUUAAGAUAAACAAAUGGAUCAGAGAGAACUGAGUGAUCCUCUCAACAACGUAUCAUUGAUUAAAGAUAACCUGACCAGAUCAAACAUGGGAUCAUCUGGUGACUCUGAAAAAACUAUUCAGCGCCUAAAUGAUGAACUUCGAGAGGCCCAGGAGCUAGCUAGUACAGAGAAACGUAAGUGCAUGGAACUACAAGGUGUGCUGGAGGAAGAGAGGAAAGAAAAUAAACAGCAAGCUGAGAAAUCUGCAAAACAGAUAAAACAUCUUCAAGGCCAGCUGCAUCAGCUCCAAGAUGAGAUGGGUGUUCUCAGAGAGCAAUUAGAUGGCUCCUCCAGUUCACUCGAUGAACUACAGAGCGCACGAGAUGAAGUGAAGUCCCUGAAACGUGCCCUGGAAGCAGCCACUGCUGAGCGGGAGCGUGACGUCACUGCUAUCCAGUCUAACCUGGCAACUGCCUCAAAGGAUCUGGACAAGUGGCGUCAGACUGCCAACAAAUAUGAGCGUGAGAUUGACAACCUACAGCGUGACUUACAGCAGCAGAGCAAUCAGUGGCAGAAAACAGCAGAAAUACAAGCUAGUGAGCUGCAGUCCAUGCAGGUGGAGUGUAACGGCCUUCAGAAGGAGUGUUCUGUCCUGCGAUCUGAGAAACAGGACAUGAUGAAUAAGCACCAGAAGGAAAAGAGCAGUCUGCAAAGUGAAUGUGCCUCUCUUAGGGCGGAGAAGGAGGAACUCCUCAAGAGUCACCAGAAAGAGAAAGCCAACCUGCAGAGUGAAUGUGCAGCACUGCGCAGUGAGAAAGAGGCAGUGCUGCAGAAGCAGCAGCAGCUGGAGAAAGACCUUGUCAGUGUUCGAGGCCAGAACUCUGAGCUGAACAACAGCCUCAGAGCUCUUGAGCUGUCCCAGCAGGAGUUGGAGAAGAAGCUGAUGGCCUUGCAGCUCCAGCAUGAGCAGGAUAACACCAAGCUGCAAACCCAGCUGGAUGAGGCAGACAGCCGCAGCAAGGCCCUUCAGAAAGAGUAUGAGGAGGCUCAGAUGGAGCUGUCAGACCUGAAGGAAAAAUACGAGAUGGCUGAACAGGAAAAACAAUCGCUUACAGAUCAACUUGAGGAGUUCAAAUCCAACAUGAAGGACUUACAAGAGAAAGGAUCAAAGACUUCCCUAUUGCUGCCUGUUCAAGCCAUAGUCAUCGGCCUUAUCCUGGCUUUGCUGUUUUGGUGCUUCGGCGCAUUGUGGUAGCAAGAAACCCUGGAUGAUAUGGGGGCCUGCGAUUGCUGUGGCUCUAACAGCUGUGACUGCUGCUGUGUUCUUUAGGACCUGAGGGCAACUUGAUCAAACACACACACACACACACACACA